AUGUCUAGCUCGAGUCGAGACAACACACCCGAAGGCCAUGAGGCCGAUGCGUUAAACUUCUCAGAUCCCACAAACUCCAGGCCCCUUGUUAUUGAGAGCAACUCUUGGAAGAAGGCCUUACGUCGUGAUCGCUAUUAUGGCUCACUUCUUUUCAACGUAGCGGCCUUCAUCCUUCCUGCCCUCUACGGAACCCUAUCUAAACUCUGGGUCGCCAACAUCGAUUCCUCAAUGGUCGUAACAACAGACGCCUUCACCUACAUGAACACCGCUUCCGAAGCGGUCAACGAAGGUCUCCCAAGAGCCGCCUGGGUGAUUAUUGGAGACGAGGCCUCUCGAGGUCUUACCGAACGCCUCCAGCUGACCCAUACUCUGAUCGCAUUUCAGUCUGUAGUGGGGUCUGUCCUGAGCAUAAUAUUCCUCGGCGCUGCGCCAAAGUUUGCCGACAGCUUUGUGCCAGAGGAAGUGCGCGCCGCGAGCUUGACAUAUGUGCGCAUCACUUCUUUCACGGUGUUGAGUGGUGCGAUUGAGACAGCUGUCGCGUCGGCAACGAGAGCCUUGGAUAAGCCUGAUGUGCCGCUAGUCAUCAGCUCCAUCAAGUUUGCCGUCAACAUAAUCCUAGACCUAUUAAUCAUCUCUCGCUAUCAUGUUGGAUCGUUCGAACCAACAGUCAACAUGCAAGGCAUCAUUCAGUUGGUCUGUAACCUGACUGCUGCAUUGGCUGGAUUGGCCUACUUCCUCUAUUUUUUCCCACUCGACGGCCACAUUACAAGGAGCAACAGCGCCCUUUCCCCAACACUCCGAGGACUACGGGUUUUACUACAGCCUGGGCUCAUCUUCUUCGCCGAGUCAGCCAUCAGAAAUGCAUUAUAUCUUUGGCUAGUCACUACCGUUGUUUCUUUAGGAACGGUUUACGCCACCGCCUGGGGGGUCUUCAACACCAUCCGCUGGGGACUGGUAAUGGUUCCUGUACAAGCCCUCGAAGCAACAUCCCUUCAAUUCAUCGGCCAUAAAUGGGGACAAUGGCGCCAGCUAAUCGGAGUCAACAACCGAAGGCCAAAGGCAGGCUGGAAAGAAAUCUUCAGUCUCAUUAGCCCAUCACUGCGGUCACUGGCGAUUGCUCUGCUCGUCGAAGUUCCCAUCGCCAUCUUUCUUUCGACCUUUGGCGCCCGGCCCUUUGCACUCUAUAUCAGUGGAUCAAGCGAAGUGGCUGAUGUUACUGCGCACAUGUGGCGGACUAUUGACUGGUGCUACAUCUUUUAUGCAAUGUCGACACAGCUUGCGACCAUUUUGCAGGCCACCAGACCCAAAUGGUAUCUGUAUCAGAGCUUAGCGAGCAACUUGUUAUAUGUUCUACCAUGGGCGAUAGUGUGUCAAGUUGUCCAUUUGGAUGAGAAAAAUGCAUGGACAUAUCAUAGUCUCAUAUUCGGAGGCAGCCUUGUGUUUAGCUUUGUCGAUGUUCUGAUAGUAGUCGGCGUGUGGAUGUGGACGCUGUGGGCCGGAAAAGCAAGACUAGAGGUGAUUCAUAGCUAG